GGAUGGUCUAUUCGAUAGGUGAGUGUCCCUCUCGAUACACGAAUGGGUUGAUGGGAUUCUUUAUGUAUAAGGUAAGGUAGAGAUGCCAUUGCGGGGUCGAGACUGGAGGAGGGGCGCUCAGUCAGCAACCAGGCCGGUGGGGAAAAGCUGCAAUGGUGAUCCGUCCACCCGCUAAUCCCGAGAACCCCACCUCAAAAUUGAAUGCUGGUCGCUGCUCGGCUUCUUUUUCGACAGCAGACAACGACAUCUCGGCUUUGCAUCGGAAUUCAACACCAUCAACGGCCACCAUCAUCCAAGGAACAGCGUGACGGCCCUGGAAAAACCACUUCAUUGAUUGCUCCAAUCCCUGAUCGCCCGCUGCCGCUGCUCCACCCUGAACCAGCUGCGAACCCAGCCCUGUUGCUUGCGCGGGCCACUCGCUGGAGCACCGCUGAAGUUUGGAGGCCCACCUUCGUCAUUCGGUCUUCAUUCGGCCACCUCGAGAUAGCAAUCGUACUCCAACCCGGAACGAACGCCUGAACGGCCGCCCCCCCGUUUUCUGUAAUCCCCAAUGUCGGAGACACAGGAAAGCCCGGGGCCCAGCCUCGAGGAUCUCACACCCGAGGAGGCCAACCGUAUCAUUCACUCCCACCGCAAAGUGAGAUACGGCACUGCAUGCUGGCCAUGCAGACAGAGGAAAGUCAAGUGUGACAACAAGAGCCCCUGUGAGAACUGCGUCAAGAGAGAACAUCCGUCGCUCUGCUCUUACAAGCCCAACCGGUCAGCCACAAGCAAGAGUGGCUCGUUUGGAACCGAGUCCCUCACUCCGGGAAAGAAACGCCCACGAUCUCCAGAUGAUGCAGACACCCGAAGCCAGAGCAACGACCCUCGUGAAGCCAUCAGCACUUACGAACCAGACACGGCCGAGACCACGCGUUAUGUUGGCCAGAAUAGCAUACCAGCUUUGCUCAGAGAACGGACAGCAGCAAACGAACCCCAGGACGUCAACGAGAUACGCCAAGACAUGCGGUCCCUCCUCGGCCUCGACAACUCGGCACCCUUCCCGCUCAUGUCUUCCCGUCAUCUCGACCGGCUGACCUCUGACAUUUCGGCCGAACUUCCCUCUGACCGGGAAGUCAUGAAGCUAUUCCGAACCUACAAGGAGAUUCCCCAGCCAUUCUGGGGGUUUGUCAUUGACAUUGACGACCUUGAAUCUCGACUCAUGGUGUACCUGGAGGACAGAGCAAAAAAUGCCAGGGCGUCCACCAAAGCCACGAAACCCGUCUCUGCGUCAUGGCUAGCCAUCUUACCAAAUCUGGACUCCAUCCAGGCCUUGCUCAUGACGAGCUUUGUGUUGCUUAACGACAUGAAGGCCGAGGCAUCGUGGGCAUUGAUGGGCCUCACUUGCCGCCUAGCCCAGUCUCUUGGCCUUCAUCGGCCACAACAACUAGAUGGUCGGCCGAGCCCAGAAGCGGAGAAGAGAGAGGUGUCACGCCGAAAACUUUGGUAUGUACCACGCCUGACUACUCACCCACGCAACAUGUAUAAUUUGUCCUGA